AUGGAGAAGGUUUUCAUUGUAGCAUCAGCCCUGAUCUGCUUGUUAGGCCUGCUGGGCACGGGCACUGCCGAUACCUUCACCGUGGAAGGCAAGGUCUACUGCGACACCUGCCGCACCCAGUUCAUCACCAGGAUCACCGAGUUCAUGCCAGAUGCAGUGGUGCGGCUGGAGUGCAAGGAUCGCGAGGGCGGGUCGAUCACCUUCAGCGCGGACGCGAUCUCCGACACGCACGGUGUGUACCACAUUCCGGUGCAGGGAGACCACGAGGACGAGAUCUGCGAGGUGUUCUUGGUGAAGUCCCCCAGGCCAGACUGCAGCGGGAUCCCCAAGCCGGAGAAGAACAAGGAGGAUUCGGCCAGGGUCAGCAUCACCAAGAACAACGGCAUGAUCUCCGGGGUCAGGAGGGUCAGCCCCAUGGGCUUCUUGAUCACCAAGGCUAAGCCCGAGUGCGCGGAGGUCCUCAGGGAACUUGGCAUCACCCCUCAAGGCCUCGUCCCAUAA